UGUGUGCUUUUGUUUGGUUUCGACUUGGACUUUGGACUUUGGACUAACCAGAUUACACGGCAUUUGGGGGGUCGUCCAUGCAAUUUGCUUUGAUUUAGAUUUUAGCUUUUUGGAAGGGGAAAGAUCUACAGUACCCAACAACGAAUAAAGAAUCCCAGUUAGAGACCGAGAGGGAGAGCCAGAGCCCCCCUCCCUUUUUCUCUCUUGGGUUUUUUGGGCGGCCAAAAAGCUCAAAAACCCAGGCGGCUUCUUUUUCUCACUUGUCUCUCUUUUCUGUUUGAGGAUUAGCAGCUGUGUGUUUAGGUUGGGGAUGAACUGCUGAGGCUGUUGAACUCGGUUUGGAGGUUCUUGUUUGCUUUGUCUAUCUCUGUUUCUGGUGAAACAAUGGCGGAAUACAUCUUGGGUUUCAACAAGGAAAGUUUGAUUAUAAGGCCAUCUCCCAAGAAAUCUCCUUUGUUUCUGAGAAUGAUAGUCUUAAUGUUUGCAAUGGUCUUUGGAGUUUACAUCUGCUCGAUAUGUCUAAAGCAGAUAAGUAUCGAAACUGUGACUAAAUUCGAAAGCAUCAAAGUCAUCGGAAGGCCUUCUCAUGAAACCAAACUAUUAGAAAUUCCUUUUAAGCAUUAUCCGAUGCCUGAAACUUUCAGCAGGGCUGAAUGUGCACGUAAUCCUGUGAGAUUCUUUGCAAUCUUAUCGAUGCAGAGAUCAGGGAGUGGAUGGUUCGAAAGCCUAUUAAAUAGUCACAAGAAUGUUAGUUCUAAUGGAGAGAUAUUUUCCGUUAAGGAUAGGAGGGCAAAUAUUUCUUCAAUUGUACAGACUCUAGAUAAAGUUUACAAUUUAGACUGGUUCAGUAGCGCUUCCAAGAAUGAGUGCUCUGCAGCAACUGGCUUCAAGUGGAUGCUUAAUCAGGGAUUAAUGGAGCACCAUGAAGAGAUAGUAGAAUACUUCAAUCGCAGGGGGGUUUCUGCAAUAUUUCUCUUUCGAAGAAAUUUAUUGCGCAGAAUGGUCUCUGUUCUUGCUAAUUCUUAUGAUCGGUAUGCUAAGCUAUUGAAUGGAACCCACAAGGCACAUGUACAUUCAGAAGAAGAGGCUGAUACACUGUCAAAGUACAAGCCUACUAUCAAUUGCACGAAGUUGAUUACCGAUCUUAAAGAAAUGGAGUCAACAGCUGCAAAGGCCAUAGAAUGCUUCAAUAGCACCAGACACAUGGUGUUGUAUUAUGAAGAUAUUGUCAAAAACCGCACUGUCUUAAAAGAUGUUGAAGAGUUCCUGAGACUUCCUAAGAAGAGAUUAAAAAGCCAUCAGGUAAAAAUACACAAUGGACCAUUGGCAGACCACAUCAGAAACUGGGAUGAUGUCAAGAAUACGCUAACAGGAACACCAUAUGAAUAUUUUCUCCACUCGGAUUAUUAGACGUAGUCCUCUGCUAACUAAUUUAAGUCUGGUGUAAAUAUCCACUCAAGUUAUAUAUUCUUACCCCAGAAGGCAGAAGCUGACAGGAUAUUGCCCCUGCUUUGAAAAUUUUGGCUGCAACACUGCUUGGUGUUUUGAUCCUUGUUUCAUAUCUCAUCAACGAGUUGUUGAUGUGUUUAAUCUAUAUCUUGUUUUUCUUUGUAUUAACCAGAGAGACACAUUGUAUAUGUUCAGCUAAACAUUGUGAGUGAAUAUGCAAUUCUUUAAUUUAUGUUUUGUUGGGCU